CGAUUAGAGCUCAGAGGUUUACACAACCCCGGAGAAGAUUUGGUUCUCCGGGCCCCAUACACUACCUGCUAAUCGGCUCCAAGAGACCAAGACCCGUCGGAGUUAUUUCUCCGAGGAACUGAAACCUAGCUCGAGAACCAAUGUUGAUCCUCCGUCCUAGAUUGUAACCUCAGCUCAGGGUUCACAGUAUCUCCGUAUCUCCGAACCUAAGCGCAUCCUUUGCUCAUGAUAAACCAACGUCCUGCUACCAUUUAUUUAAAAGACUGAGGACAUUUUUGAGAAAGUGAUAUUUUAUAAUAUCAAAAUAAACAAUGUUAACUGUAUCGAACUUAGAAAAUAUUUCCCUAUGCCGCCAGGGAGGACUAAUAGUGUGGCUGGCGGCAUUUCUUCUUCUAACUCCAACCAAUGUUUGCUGUGGAGGACGUCCCCAGAUAUCCGAAGAAGUUCAGAAUAUUACUGUCGCUCUGGGUCGGGACGCCAUGUUGAAAUGUUAUGUUAAACAUCUCGCGGAUUACAAGGUUGCUUGGAUUCAUAUUGACCGACAGAUGAUAUUAACUAUUGGAAGAAAUGUUAUUACUAGAAUACCGAGAUUUACUAUUGUACAUGAUAAUCAUCAUACUUGGAGUUUACAUAUCAAAGAUGUACAAGCAGAGGACCGUGGGUACUACAUGUGUCAGGUCAACACAGAUCCAAUGAUUUCUGUGACCGGUCAUCUCGACGUGGUAGUUCCUCCGUCUAUAGUGGAUGAAGAGAGUUCUCCGAGUGAGGUUUCUGUACGGGAAAAGCACAAUACUUCUCUGAUAUGCCGAGCUAACGGGGUUCCACAGCCCCAUAUAACCUGGAGGAGAGAAGACGGGAAAUCUAUUUUCCGGGACACAGAGAAAUCUCAUGCUGGAGUCUCAUUGUACCAAGGGGAGUACCUGGAUAUACAGGACAUAUCUAGAGAACAGAUGGGAGCCUAUCUAUGUAUAGCGAGCAACAAGAUUCCACCAAGUGUGAGCAAACGGAUCAAGUUAGUUGUUGAAUUUGCUCCAAUGAUGUAUAUCCCGAACCAAUUGAUCGGAGCCCCCCUGGGAACAGAGAUACAACUGCAGUGUGAGACUGAAGCAAGUCCUAAGGCUAUAACAUACUGGGUGUUCAACGGUCAGAUGAUUCUACGUGAUGCGAGGCAUGAUACUGAGGAAGAGAUGGAGAAUUAUAGACUAGUAUCUCGGCUCACUGUGUUCAAUAUAUCUAAGGAAGAUAUAGGAAUAUAUAAAUGUGUGAGCAAGAAUUCACUUGGAGAAACCGAAUCAACAGUUAGAUUGUAUGAGGUAGAGGCCCCCUCAACCUCGACGGAAUUAUCUUAUUAUGAACCUCAUCUGCCUGCUAUAGUAGGAAAAUCUGAACUGGUGAAUACAAGAGAGAAGGAUGUUUCACAGAGAAGAACAAGUUUAAACAGUCGACAGAAGUGGAGAACCACUGAGAGAAGUGUAUCAGUCACAAGUCCGACUUCAGAUAAGGUUUGGUGGAACCCAGAUAUAUCAGGUGCAGAGAGGAGCACAGUCAGUGGAUCAAUCUUUCUCCUUCUCCUGAAGUUUAAACUGUAAACAAGUUGGGUUUGUUGGCAAUAUCAUGAGAACAUCUUAAUAACCCUUCAGGAGUACAGAGCCCGAAAUUUAAGACAGAAUAUAAUAAUGAAACCCAGUAUCGUAAACCCGGUAUCAUUAAUCGGGAUCAGGAGUUUUGGAGAUACCAAUAUUUCAUGUGGUUUCAUCACAUUCUUUUUUGUUUCCUGAUUUCUUAAAUCAAAAUCUACGCAAAUGUGUCAACUCUAAAUAGGAAACUCGGAAGUUUCGUUCCACGAUACUCUCUUAAAUUUCCGGUUCAGGAGUAAAGUGGUUCAAUUUAAUGAACAGCCGGAAUAAGUUAAUCUAGGUAUAGAUAGUUAAACUAUACAUUUCUAUAUGUGUUCUGAGAGUGCAAUGUAGAUAUAGUUCAACUAGCAAUACCUAGUUCAACGUCUUCUCUCUCCUAGUUAAAUCCCCCAAAAGAGAAGAAAACAUUGUUAAACUGGAAUCUUAAAAGAAUAUCUGAACAGAGAAAAAUUGAUUUUGACAAAACUUAACAAAUCCAUAGCAAGAACUAAAUAGAAGAGUUCUAACGUGAGAAAUAAAUCGAAACAGUUAUAUUUCAAAACUAAAUUUGCACAGUUAUAUUUAAAAACUGAAUUGUAACAGUUAUAUUUCAAAACUGAAUUGUAACAGUUAUAUUUCAAAACUAAAUUGUAACAGUUAUAUUUAAAAACUGAAUUGUAACAGUUAUAUUUAAAAACUGAAUUGUAACAGUUAUAUUUACAAACUAAAUUGUAACAGUUAUAUUUAAAACUGAAUUGGAACAGUUAUAUUUCAAAACUAAAUUUGCACAGUUAUAUUUACAAACUAAAUUGUAACAGUUAUAUUUCAAAACUAAAUUUGCACAGUUAUAUUUAAAAACUGAAUUGUAACAGUUAUAUUUCAAAACUAAAUUCAAAAGUUCAAAAGUAAUAACUGAUUAUGAACAGAAAGAACUGAAUUGGAACAGUUCUAACGUAAGAGUUUAGAAAAUAACAAGAAAUGAACAGUUUCAAAUUAAGAUCCCGUUAAAAAACAGUUUUGAUAAAUAUAAGAGUUUUAAAUAUUAUAGAACUGAAUAUAAAAUGUUUGAACUGAGGAAUAAUAAAUAAUUGUUUGAACAAUCCCUCAGCAAACAUCUUGAUUAAAGGCACUGUGUCCGAUUCACAACAUUACUCUUUGUCCCUCUAUAUCGCCUAAAUUUUAUCUUUGAAAAAAAAUUAUUUUCGUUUGUGGUUUCUGAACAUAUGUGGAUUUCUUCUUUAGAAACACUGGAGGAUAUUGUCGAGUUAGAAAAACUGUGAUAUCUUCCACAUUAUUGAUCAGAUAAAGGUUUAAUGGGUACCGUUGUGAACCGAAUCUCUUUAAAUGGAAGCUCACUUAAAAUUACACAUGAAGUCCCUCUAUGUCAUAUCUAUGUUCUAGAUUCAACAUAAAACCUGAACACAGAAAUUUUAAAAAUGUGAUGGAAUUCUUUAAAUAUUUGCAAAACUUUGUUCCGUGGAUUUUUUUUAAAAUAGAUUUAUUUAUGAAUACAGGGUUGGUUAUGUAUCUACAUCAUCAUCAAAAAUCCUUAAAAGAAACGUUUCUCAUGUCUCAUGUUUAUCUAAUUACCCUGUAUACACCUGUACAAAGCCUGCAAGUAAUAAACAUAACUUAACGUACUGCACAUUUAUAGAACGUAAACAAUGCAUACAUAUAUCAAGUUUAUUAUGGAACAAUUAAUGUUAAAACGUGUAUAUAAAUCAUAUAAACUGUAAACUCAGAUUAUCAGAAUGAACUGAAUUAUCAAUAUUAAUAAGAUAUAAUAAUAAAUAGUUAACCUUA